ACGACGUCACAUUGUGGGCUGGAACAUCACGUCAGAGGUGACGACGCCAGAUGUUGAGAGAGCGAAUUUAAUUUGAGAGGAACUGCGAGCGACCGUACAGCCUACCAAAACGAAGAUGAAUCCAAAGGACAACAAGCAAACUGCGUCACACAGCAGCCCUGUUUGUGUGCACAACCCUCACCUGGAUUCACUGAAAGAUGACAUCCUCUACCACUUCAGCCUAGGAACUAACACUCACAACCUACCUGCUAUGUUUGGUGAUGUCAAAUUUGUGUGUGUUGGAGGCAGUCCCUGGAGAAUGAAAUCAUUCAUUGAGUACAUUGCUGCUGAGCUAUGUAUGGAAGACCCCAAAUCAGAGUACCCAAAUAUCUGUGCUGGAACGGACCGCUAUGCCAUGUACAAAGUUGGCCCUGUACUCUCUGUCAGUCAUGGGAUGGGCAUCCCAUCCAUUGCCAUAAUGUUGCAUGAGCUGAUAAAGCUCCUCCAUCACGCACAUUGCACAGAUGUUACAAUUAUACGCAUUGGGACGUCAGGUGGAAUAGGGCUUGAACCUGGCACUGUUGUUGUUACCAAACAAUCUGUGGAUGCCACCUUCCUGCCCAAGUUUGAGCAGGUGAUCCUGGGGAAGACAGUGGUCCGUAACACUGAUCUGGACCAAAGCCUGGCUCUGGAGCUGUUGCAGUGCAGCAAUGAGCUGAACCAGUUUGAGACAGUGUUAGGCAACACCAUGUGUACACUGGAUUUCUACGAAGGUCAAGGCCGUUUGGAUGGUGCUUUCUGCUCCUACACUGAGAAGGAUAAACAGGAAUACCUCAACAAAGCCAAUCAAGCAGGAGUCUGCAAUAUUGAAAUGGAGUCUUCUGUUUUUGCUGCCAUGUGCAAACUGAGUGGUCUUCGAGCGGCCGUGGUUUGCGUGACAUUACUGGAUCGGCUGAAGGGGGAUCAGCUGAGCAGCUCCCAUGAAGUUCUUCACAAUUACCAACAACGUCCGCAGAUACUCGUUGGCCACUACAUUAAGAAGCAUUUGAAUGCCAACGCAGUACGUAGCUAAGUUCAGAGCAUUGUUUCUUGAAACCUAUAAAACACUGAAAACAAGGUGUAACACAAUAACGCAGCUUAAAUCUAUAUUUGUGUGCAUUCUUUCGUGCUCAACUGCAGCCUUAAUGUCCAGAAUAAUGACCGAAUACUGAAGUUAUAUCCUGCCUGCUGUAUUUCACCAUCACUGUAAACCGUCAUGCACUGUGAUUCACUACAUUUUCUCUUGCAUUUAAUUUUAACAAUUUAACUGAGCUUUAAAUGUUACACAGCAGCCUAUGGCCAUCAGAUCUGUCUUGAUUUAGGCUGCCUCUGUUUUUAUACAACAUGUUACUUUUCUAUAAACCUUGAACCACCUCAUGACUUUUGAUGAGUCCAUGCUUACAGCAGGUAAGAUAAGUAAGAUAAGUCUUUCUUGUUUCAUGAAUGCCAAAAAAAUGACAUACAUUUGUGUCCUUGUCUUUUUGCAAAACAGUAUAAAUAUGUAUCAUCUUGAGUAUUUUUUUUUAUACUGAAUGUACGUUAUGUCUUCAGGAUUAGGCUUUUGUAUUUAUUUUCUGGAAGUUUCAUUCAAAACCUCAAAACGGCAACAAGAUGUCAAUACUUCUCAGAAAAAUAAUUUCCACUGGAUGUCUUAAUAUCAAUAAAGCCUUAAUAUAGCAGA